AUGGGGUCUGUGGAUUGUAGGUUCUGGAGAGGGGAGGAGAAGGGCGAGUAUACGGUGAGAAGCGGGUAUAGAUUGGCAAAGGGGUGUGAGAUGAGGGAGUUGGAAAGUGGGUGGCCGGGUUUGUGGAAUUUGAAUCUUCCACCGAAGAAUCUGUACCAUGUGGAGUCGAUCUCCUUAUGGAUUGAUGAAAUGUGGACUGCUUUGCCUACAGUCUUGCUUGAGAAAGUUGUUAUUAUUUGUUGGGCGAUGUGGGAAAACCGAAAUGCAAUGGUGUGGAAGGCUCAAUGUAAGGAUCCUCGAUCUCUAGUAAACCAUGCUGUUUUUUAUGCUCACAAUUGGCAAGAUAUUCGUGAAGAUACUCCCUCUUCCACUACUGUAAGGGUGCUGCCUAGUCUGGUUUCUCAUUGGGAGUGUCCUAGGGUGCCGUUUCUGAAGAUGAACAUCGAUGUUGCCUUUAAUCACACGGCGGGCCGAAUGGGUUUUGGUUGGAGUGUGCGAGAUGCUUCUGGGGCAGUGAUGGGUAUUAUGAUGUAUGCUAUAACAGGUUUAUUCUCGGUUCGUGAAGUAGAGGCAGUAGGUGCUAAGGAGGCGUUGAGUUGGAUUAAGCAAAAGAGAUGGUCUCGAGUUAUCCUUGAAACUGAUGCUCAAUUGGUAACAAAAGCGGUGGAAACCGGGGUUGAUAUUACCCCUUUUGGAGCUAUUGUUCAGGAGAUUCGUAUUCUUUUACAGGAACUUCCUUUGGUUGAAUUCCAGUUUGUCAAGCGUGAGGGGAACAUGUUUGCCCACACUCUGGCCAGGAAAGCUUUGAGUACUGCGACUGAUGAGCGUUUGGAGUAUUUAGAUUUUAUUCCUCGUUUUAUUUCUAGUAUGCUUUGUAUGAACAAUUUGCUAAUUUAA